CCAGCAAACAACUCAAUGUUAAUUUUCUGACAAGGUUAUUACUACCCGUUACUACCUCGGCCACCGUCGAUAGAUAUCUAGAGACAGAGUGAAGAAUAUACCCAAAUAAAAUCAAAUCCGAGCCUCACCAAGCUGACCUUGAAGGACCGCAUUUUUGUCAGCUCUGAGAGUGAUUUCUGACAACCAGCCAUCCAUGAAAGACAGAGCAUGCUAUGCACAGUUGUUACGAUGCAGCUGGGCAGACAUCAAAUGCAACUGGAACUAUUUUUUUUGCUAUCCUGCACAUCGAGGUGAGCAUGAGCAGCUAACACAAGCAAACUGCAGUAGGUAAGUUAGCAUGUAAGCUAACCAGAGAUACACAGAGAAGACGCAAAGAAAAGCCGGGACAAGAAACCUUUCGACUUGAAAGUAGGGCUGGAUGUUGUAGCCGUAUUUAUUUUUACAAGCAGACAUUAAACUUACCAAAACUAUGAGCGACUCGCUGUGGACAGAAGGCAAACCCCAGUCUCCUCCCCAGCAUCUCAGCUCCAUGGCAGCCGCCAUGUUUUGACCAGUGGCAGGAGCUGGUGACGUCACGAGGCGAUUCAUCUGUGAUCCUCGUAUUGAGCCACAAGAGGAAACUCAGUUCUUUCUUCAGGAGCGCAGCUUCACCUGAGUUGUGUCCCAUACUGAAGCACUGAUGAUGGGUGUGUGGGCCAGAGCAGCGGCUCUGUCUCUAGUGCUGCAACAGCUGGUGCUUACUGUCACAGCUGAAGGCAUUGUCUAUGACCUGCUGGAUUCUCCAGACUGCCUGCCAGACUUGCUCCAAGGAAGCCUGAAGAACAAAGGGCGAGAUGAGGCAUUCCUCCUCUCUUCCUUCACGCUCCGCAACAAGGCCCCCACCUCUCUCUACAGUGUCAUCAACCCCAAAGACAACACCAAGUACCUGGAGCUCAGCGUGCAGGCCAAACUGAGCAAGGUGACCCUUCGUUACCAGAAGGCUGACAGCAGAUUUGGCACAACCAGUUUCAAUCACGCCUCCCUGGCAGAUGGCCGAGAUCACCACGUUAUGCUACAUGCCAGCGGCCUACAGCGCGGCCCACCUCGUCUCAACAUCUAUAUAGACUGCAGACUGGCACACACUUUGGACGAUCUGCCGGCUGCGUUUGGGUCACUGCCACCUGGUCCCAACAAGGUGGCACUUAGGACCCUGCAGGCAAAUGGACAGGAUGAACUGACAGACUUGAAGCUGGUGAUAGAGGACACCAUAGACAACGUGGCCACUCUGCAGGACUGUAGCGUGGAUCAGGUUGAAUCUCUGCAGCUGCUGGGUAUCCAGGGAGGCCGGACGUUACACGACCAGGCCACCAUGCGGGAGCUGAGGAUCAUGUUAUCUGAGAUGAAGGAGCUGCUCAACCAGCAGAUUAAGGAGACAAAUUUUCUGAGGAAUACCAUUUCAGAGUGUCUUGUCUGUGAUCACAGGGGCAAUCCAACCAACACAGCUCCAGCUCCUAGCCCAGUUGUCAUGCAGCCUCAGCAUCAGACUCAGUGCCCACCUGGGACCUGUUUCAGACAGAACAUGUGCAUCCGUGCGGAGUCAGGGAGUUUCCAGUGUGCCCCCUGUCCAGAGGGCUAUACAGGAGACGGGGUACACUGCGAUGACGUGGAUGAGUGCCAGUUUAGCCCGUGUUUCCCUGGUGUCCAGUGUGUGAACACUGCUCCUGGUUUUCGAUGUGGAAAAUGCCCUCUGGGAUACACCGGACCAGAGUUAAAUGGAGUGGGUGUGUCCUAUGCUAAGUCACACAAACAGGUGUGUGAUGAUAUAAAUGAGUGUCUGGGUCCGCCUGAGAAUGGAGGUUGCACUGCCAACUCGCACUGCUUCAACACUAUAGGCUCCUUCCGCUGCGGAGAGUGUAAAACUGGCUUCACAGGUGACCAGGUGAGAGGCUGCCAUGGUACCAGGCUUUGCCCCAAUGGUCAGCCCAACCCCUGUGACAUCAAUGCCGAGUGUGUUGUUGAGAGAGAUGGCAGCAUUAGCUGUGUGUGUGGCGUUGGUUGGGCAGGUAAUGGCUAUGUAUGUGGAAAGGACACAGAUAUUGACGCAUAUCCUGACAAUAAGCUCCAGUGCAUUGACAACAACUGUAAUCAGGACAACUGUGUGUUUGUGCCAAAUUCUGGCCAAGAGGAUGCAGACAGGGACGGGUUGGGUGACUCCUGUGAUGACGACGCAGACAGUGAUGGCAUCAUUAACAUAGAUGACAACUGCUGGCUCGUUCCUAAUGUAGACCAAAGGAACAGCGAUAAGGACGUCCAUGGCGAUGCCUGUGACAACUGCAAAACAGUUGAAAAUCCCACACAGAGGGAUACCGAUCAGGACGGGCUGGGAGAUGAAUGUGAUGAUGAUAUGGAUGGGGAUGGCUUGAAGAAUAUCCUGGACAACUGCCAGCGAGUCCCCAACCCAGACCAGAAAGACAGAGACAAUGAUGGGGUGGGGGAUGCUUGUGAUAGUUGUCCUGAUAUGGUCAACCCUAACCAGUCUGACUCAGAUGAUGACCUUGUAGGCGAUACCUGUGAUGACAACAUAGACAGUGAUGGUGAUGGCCACCAGAACACAAAGGACAACUGCCCUACAGUCAUCAACUCCUCUCAGCUGGACACUGACAAGGAUGGAAUGGGAGAUGAAUGUGAUGAUGAUGACGAUAAUGACGGCAUACUGGACAAUGAUGAUAACUGCAGACUAGUUGCCAACCCAGACCAGAAGGAUGCAGACAAGAACAGAGUUGGAGAUGCAUGUGAAGGAGAUUUUGACAAAGACAAUGUCAUUGACAUAAUCGACCACUGCCCAGAGAACGCUGAGGUCACUCUGACCGACUUCAGAGCCUAUCAGACUGUGGUGCUGGACCCAGAGGGGGACUCUCAGAUUGAUCCCAACUGGAUGGUCCUCAAUCAGGGCAUGGAGAUAGUUCAGACCAUGAACUCUGACCCUGGCCUUGCUGUAGGCUACAAAGCUUUCAGUGGGGUUGACUUUGAGGGAACGUUCCACGUGAACACAGUGACAGAUGAUGACUAUGCUGGCUUCAUUUUUGGCUACCAGGACUCCUCCUCCUUCUACGUGGUGAUGUGGAAACAGACAGAACAAACCUACUGGCAGGCUUCGCCCUUCAGAGCCGUUGCUGAGCCGGGAAUACAACUCAAGGUUGUGAAGUCUAAGACGGGUCCUGGCGAGUAUCUGAGGAACUCCCUCUGGCACACAGGAGACACCCCCGAGCAGGUCCGUCUGCUGUGGAAGGACCCCAGGAACGUUGGGUGGAAGGACAAGGUCUCCUACCGCUGGUUCCUCCAGCACAGACCACAGGUUGGAUACAUCAGGGCUCGCUUCUUUGAGGGUUCAAACCCAGUGGCGGACACAGGGGUGAUAAUUGACACCAGUAUGAGAGGCGGGAGACUGGGCGUGUUCUGCUUCUCUCAGGAAAAUAUAAUCUGGUCCAAUCUGAAGUACCGUUGCAAUGACACCAUUCCUUAUGACUACCAGGAUCUCAAUGACCAGAACACACAGUGAAGCAAGAGAAGGAGAGUAACCCAUCAAGAAAACAACUUGUGCAUGGCUGCGCUGUUGAGAACAAAGAGGUGGAGGACAUGAGUUAGAGAAAGAUGAAUGUGAGAGGUACCAUGAUGGACAGUUUUGGUAAAAUACUUUGAUGAUGGUAUUUUAACUUUUUCAUUCACAUGGGAGGGUUUUUAGGAAAGCAUAACAUUGGGCAUUAUAUACUUUAAUUCAGUGUAACUGAAGGCAGUACAUUCUUGUGUAAAUCAUCAGCAGGUUCUGUGUAUAUCGAUAUCAACUGAAGUGUUCUCAGUAUUUCAUGAGUACUGUUAACGAUGCAAUACUGAUUUUGAAUAUAUUGUAAGUGCAAUAAAAUCCUAAGCAUUUCACAAAAUCAAA